AUGUCUUCCCAGCCACUUCUCGCUCGCUACCGACAGCUCGCCCCCUCAGCUUCCGUCAGAGUAUCUCCGCUAUGCUUAGGUGCCAUGACCUUUGGCACGGCAGGAAAAGAGCGAUACGGAGAAUGCAGCAAGGACGCCGCCUUUGAGAUCCUCGACUAUUUCGUCAGUCAGGGCGGGAACUUCAUCGAUACUGCUAACGCAUACCGAGAAGAGCAAUCCGAGAUCUGGCUGGGUGAAUGGAUUGCCGCCAGGCAAAACAGGGACCAGAUGGUUAUUGCAACCAAAUACACCACCGCUUGGCAAGGUCAUCACAAGGACAAAAUCCAAGCCAACUAUGGUGGGAAUGGAACCAAGUCAAUGCGUGUCUCGCUCGAGGCGUCGCUGCACAAACUUCAGACAACCUAUAUCGACUUGUUCUACGUGCACUGGUGGGACUACACGGUUUCGAUCCCGGAGUUGAUGCACAGCCUGAAUGAUCUUGUUGUCUCUGGGAAGGUCUUGUACCUGGGUGUCUCUGAUACACCCGCUUGGGUGGUCGCGAAAGCCAACCAGUACGCUCGUGACCAUGGCCUGCGACAAUUCACCGUGUACCAGGGGAUGUGGAAUGCAGCUAUGCGUGAUUUUGAACGAGAUAUCAUACCCAUGUGCCGCGAUGAAGGAAUGGGCUUGUGUCCGUAUGGAGUGCUGAAUCAAGGUCGCUUUCAAACUGAGGAGGGAUUUAAAGAACGCGAGAAGAGGAACGACGGUCGGAAUUUCAUCCCUUUGUCUGAGCACGAUAAGAAGGUUUCCCGUGUGCUUGAAAAUGUCGCCAAUGCGAAAGGAGUAGAGCUUCUGCAAGUCGCUCUGGCUUACGUUCUUCAGAAAACACCCUAUGUGUUUCCCAUCGUCGGUGCUAGGAAAGUUGAGCACAUCAAGGGAGUGACACCGGCUGUUGGAAUUACGUUGACAACUGAGGAGAUUGAGAGGAUCGAAUCGGCAUAUACGUUUGACCCUGGAUUCCCGCAUACUUUCCUCAGCGGAACGUUAUUUGGGGAUAGCACCCCUCAAGGCGCUUAUAGCCCAGGAGAUGUGUGGUUGACCAAGUCGUCAGGAACAUUUGACUGGGUUGGAUAUCCGGAGGCAAUUGCGCCGGUUGAGAGAAAUUAA